AGCGAACCACGCAAAUAAUACUACACACGCGCGUCACGGACACCACCCAGUCCCCUCCCCACACCACGCGCCGCCCAAAACCUCCGCCGCGUUUCGCACCACCACCACCGCCGCCGACCAUGGCCUCCUUCUUCGCCGACGACGGCGCCGACGAGCUCCCCCGCACCGCCUCCCACCCCUUCGACGCCGACGACGACGCCGCGCCCGAUGCAUCAGGAGGCGCCGCCGCCGACGACACCGGAUACGGCGGCUACGCCUCCUUCGUCGACGGCGGCGUAGAGGAUGUGGAGGAGGAGGAGGAGGAGAUCGCCGUGGAGUCCGAGGGGGUCCCGAUCGGCCACGUCUCCGGAGGGUUCUCGCCCUCGCCCUUCUCCCCCGACCCGGAGCUGGACGGCGGCGACGGCCCUAUCCUCCCGCCGCCGGCCCAGAUGGGGGCGGAGGAGGGGAUCCUCCUCCGCGAGUGGCGCAGGCAAAAUGCUAUAGUUCUUGAGGAAAAAGAGCGGAAGGAGAAGGAGCUACGGGCCCAGAUACUUGCUGAAGCCGAAGAGUUUAAGAAGGCUUUCUAUGAGAAGAGGAUACAGAACUGUGAGACAAACAAGGUCCAUAACAGAGAAAGAGAGAAGAUUUUCGUAGCUGGCCAGGAGAAAUUCCAUGCCGAAGCAGACAAGCAGUACUGGAAGUCGAUAUCGGAGCUCAUCCCACAUGAAAUAGCUACCAUUGAGAAGCGGGGAAAGAAGGACAAGGACAAGAAGCCAUCCAUCACAGUCAUUCAGGGCCCUAAGCCUGGCAAGCCGACAGACCUCUCACGAAUGCGCCAGAUCUUAGUGAAGCUGAAGCACGCUCCUCCACCGCACAUGAUGCAACCUCCACCAGCGUCUGCUGCUAAAGACGGCGCAAAGGAUGGUGCUAAAGACGGCACACCAGCCCCAGCAAAUGGAACCAAGAAGCCUGCAGAGAGCAAAGAGAAACCUGCCAACGGAUCGCCUGCGGAAGCAGAGAAGGAGCAGCCUGCAGCAUCGGAGUAACUUAUGGUAGCUCUACAGGAACGCCCGAACCUUGACUGCAGAUAUGGAAAUGCAUUUUAUUUCUAAUCCCUGGAUCUGUCUAUCCUGUAUUUAUCUUUUUAUGGAGAUUUGCGUCAGGAUGGCUAUGUAUCAGCUCUCAGAACAUUCAGCUUAGUAUCACAGCAAUUGUACUCUUUACUUGUUUUCACCUGGUACAAGUAGCUUCAGUGGAUACUUUGUGAUCAUAAGUUCAGAACUGAAAGCGUAACUGAAUGAUGGAUAUCAGACACGAUUUCUUCCCUGUGGA